CUAGCGAGGAUUAAAAAAACAAUAGGUGAGCUUGCUUCUAGCUCAUGCUAACCAGCGUUUACCGGCAACUAGCUAUUUACACAGCCGUAACGUUGGCACACCCCCAGCAAACAAACUAGCUAAGAUUAGUCAUGGAUAUGUGCUCUCAUGCUUUAUAUGGUCAACUAAAAUAGUGAACGACAGUUGGGGAAAUGGAGGAGUAACGUUAGCUUACUAGCUAGUUUAUAUAAAAUAACGUGUGUAGCGUCUUCCCUCAGUGCCGAAACAAUGUUGCAUCCAUCCGCUUGUAUGUGUGUGAUGAGGAGCCAAUCCCGCCUCGUGAUUUGCUCGACCUUCGUGGUACCCCCUCGUGGACGUGGCAGUGAUGAGCUUUGACAGGGGACCACCAGACAGUGAAUUUCUCAAUCUACCGUCCGGGAUUUGUCUUUGUUUGAUUUUUGGAAACGGUCCUCUGCAAACCGGAAUGUUGAAUACAAUUACAUGUGAAGUUACUCUAUCGGUUAUCUGCGUAGUUGGUCCUUUUGCGGGUAGGACUUUUGACUAUCGACAGGAGAGUCUUAACACAACUUUUCAAAGCACUGGUAGUCCGUUCAGAUAACUAUCACCUGAAGCAUGCACACGUUAUGUAAAUACUUGCAUGCAUACUUGCCAAACAUGUACAGUGCUCAUGUUUACAUGGUUUUACGCCUGCUUCAAGUGAUAUAAUUCUGAACACAACUCAGUGCUUUGAAAAGUUGGUCUAAUAAUACUUUCCUAUGGAUGUAUUGGCUCAAAUUCCAACCUGCAAAAGGACCAACGACGCAGACAACCAGUAGAGUAAACACAUUUUAUUAUAUUCAACAUUUCGGCUUAAAAAGGACGAGAGGCCCAUUUCCAGAAUCAAACACUGGAAAAAAUGCUAUGAAAAAUGCCUUGAGGCCGAUACGUAAAGCUUAAUAAAGAACAGUGAUACUAGCAAGAGCAGUGGUCGUGGCUUCUAUUUUCUUUCAUGUUAUUCAAUUGUUACCAUGCACCUGCAACAUAGAUAGCUCAACUGUGCAAGUGCCUUUUUGGAUUCAGAAUCAAACACAGAAAAAUCCCGGAAGGCGCCAUCUGAUUCCCAGGCAAUGAUGAGCUUUGCUAGUGAACGCUCAACCAAAGUUACUGGGUCAGAAACACCCUUUCACUGAGGUCAUCAAAGCCAACAUUGGAGAUUCACAUGCCAUGGGGCAGAAGCCAAUCACCUUUCUCCGUCAGGUGGUGGCUCUCUGCUCAUUCCCAGAGCUGUUGGACAGCUCUAGUUUCCCAGAAGAUGCCAAACAACGUGCCCGUCGCAUUCUACAGGGCUGUGGGGGACAGAGCCUGGGGUCGUACAGUGCCAGCCAGGGAGUGGACUGUAUUCGGCAGGACAUUGCUGUCUACAUCGAGCAACGGGAUAAGGGUGUGCCUGCCGACUGGGACAAUAUUUACCUCACCACCGGAGCUAGUGAUGGCAUCGUGAGCAUCUUGAAGAUGCUGGUGUCGGGCCAGGGCCGGUCCAGGAGCGGUGUGAUGAUCCCCAUUCCUCAGUACCCCCUGUACUCUGCAGCCAUCUCUGAGAUGGAGGCCGUUCAGAUCAACUACUACCUGGACGAGGACAACUGCUGGGCCCUGGAUAUCAACGAGCUCCACAGAGCCUACCAGGCUGCCAAGGAGCACUGUCACCCCAGAGUCAUCUGCAUCAUCAAUCCAGGCAACCCUACCGGUCAAGUGCAGAGUAAGAAGUGCAUCGAGGAAGUGCUCCACUUUGCCUACGAGGAGAAUCUGUUUGUUAUGUCCGAUGAGGUGUAUCAGGACAAUGUGUACUCCCCAGACUGUCAGUUCCACUCCUUUAAGAAGGUGCUCUAUGAGAUGGGCCCAGAGUACUUCAACACUGUCGAGCUGGCCUCAUUUCACUCCACCUCCAAAGGCUACUCAGGAGAGUGUGGGUUUAGAGGGGGCUAUAUGGAGGUUCUCAACCUCGACCUGGAGGUCAAGGCCCAGCUGGUGAAGCUGCUUUCUGUUAGACUGUGUCCCCCUGUCUCUGGACAGGCUGCCAUGGAUGUUAUCGUCAACCCUCCUCUGCCACACGAACCCUCCUACCUCCAGUUCCACAAGGAGAAGAGUGCUGUGCUUGGAGCUCUGGCUGAGAAGGCCCAGAUGACUGAGCAGAUCCUCAACACGGUGCCUGGGAUCAAAUGUAAUCCUGUGCAGGGAGCCAUGUACGCCUUCCCACGCAUCUUCAUCCCCCCACGAGCUGUGGAGGCGGCCAUGUCCCUGGGAAUGUCUCCUGACAUGAUGUACUGUCUGAGACUGCUUGAGGAGACUGGCAUCUGCCUCGUUCCAGGCAGUGGCUUCGGCCAGAGGGAAGGGACAUAUCACUUCAGAAUGACCAUUCUGCCCACGACAGAGAAGCUGAAGGUGCUCCUGGAGAAGUUCCAGGAUUUCCACAUCAAGUUUCUGAAGGAGUACGCGUCAUUGGAGGAACCAAAGAGAUCAGAGGAUGACACACAGGAAGCACUGAAACAGUUCAGAUAGUCCCAGUUUAACACACAAACAAAAACAGCAUUUACGGAGGUAUCGACUAACAUAAUGUAAAGUAAAAAAGUAACCCCUUUUUUACUCUACUAGUGUAACCUAUGAUUGCUUGAAGUUUUAUCUGAUUUUAGGAACAGUACUUGUUUGAGAGACAUUUGUGCCUUUGUCAGACGAGGUAAAAGUGGGGAGAAACGAUGCCGUCUGUACAGAUGUUAAAGGGGCAAUCUGCAGUUGCUACAUACAUUUUAGGACUUGUAAAUUAAAUUGUAGUUCAAUGUACCCAUUGAUUCUUGAAGAAUACAACUUAUAAAUGUCUCAUAAGCUGUCGUACCACAUCAGAACACAAAAUAAUCUUUGUAAAUGUAAACAAACACUAUAUGGUUAAAACGGUAAUGUUGAUAUCAUGGAUGAUCAGUCCUUGCAUCCAUAGCUCUGGCUAUGAAUUUGGUUACAAUUCUCCAGUCCCAUCCCUCAGAUUUUUAUUGAAACUGGCAGUGAGGAUGUUUUAUUGUAACUACUGCUGAUUGCCCCUUUAACACUAAAGCAAUGUACAUUGUGAUGUACGCAAAGGUGCUCCAUUAUAGAGGAUGCACUGGGGAUUUUUUUUCUAGCACUCCAUUUUGUUGUUUUUGUGCCCGGGAAGUUAUUUACACCGUUUUGUAUUUUCUACCUGUCUUGAGGCUUUUCUGUCUCCUUAGAGGCAUUUUGUGUUGGAGAUCUACACCACGGGGCACUGUAAGUGCAAAUAUUAUCUUAGAACCAGCUGUACCUUUUCCAUGAGCCAAAUGGAACUGGGGAACAGAGGUUGUUUAUGUAGGUCAUGGACUCCGGACAAUGAGUACUGCUACAUCAGCUCUUUCUGGUCCGAAAAACAGCGGGGAGGGAUUCUCUUAACCAUUUCUAACAUAACAUCCUAUCUCUCCAAGUCAUAAAGCUUUAAGCCUGCAUAGCUCACUGUUGGGCACAUGUUUACCCAUAUAGUACCUGUCUAGCAUGACACUGAUAUGAGGUGUCAGAUGCACUUGGAGAGGGUUUUUUCGAGUGUGUGUGUGUGUGUCUGUACUCUGCCUAGUUGCAGUAUUAUGUGCUUGUUAUGGAAAAAAAAUUGUUUGUGUGCUACUCUUAAAUGAGCUUAAAGGUCAAACCAAGGGAACCGUAGGUUCUGAUGAUAAUUCUGUAUAGGCUAAUUAUUGCACAGAUUGUUUAUGCUUUUUACUGACAGUGGCUUUGUCUUUCAUUCACAUUUGUAUCACAACUGAGAAUGAGAAAGGGAGUACGGUUACAUCUCAGACAAUAGAGAUGGUGGGUUGAAUGCACUUUAGUGUUUUUGUUUGUAAAAUGUCUCUUUCUGCACACUGCGAGCGGGAAGAAAUGUCAUUGGAAAGUGAAACGCUACAAUUUCCUUUUUUAGGUUGGAGAUGAGCAUAGUGACCCACACAAGGCAGAUUUAACUUUUAUUCUCUGAUACCGUAUCAUCUCAUCUCUAUUUUUGUAUGCAGUUUAAUGCUGAAUGAAGUGUUGACGCAUUAACGGAACCUCGGCAGCCAUUCGAUGUAUGAAACUCUUGACUGACCUCAACAUGAAUUGUUUUUAACCAUUUGACUGCAAUGAGGUGCCUUCAAUGGCAAUGAGCUGUAACUUACAUUGAAUGACUUUUGAGAAUGUCAAUAAAUUAAUAUUUUUUAUUAAUGCUAUGGCAUUUUUAAAAAUGUACAUUUUCUGCUAAAUGUUUUAAUUUGUGUGCCUGCUUUCUAUUCAACAGUAUUUCUUCAUGAGCUGAAAGUUAACUGGAAAAGGUUUUGGGUUCAACAUCGAUGUGCUUAUAAAUAUCAAGUUUCUAACUGAAAUAAGACUUAACCCUAGUUUCUGCUUGUCUUGUUUAUGUUUUGGAUAUAAAAAAAUUUAAAUUCCAGAUUUGGAUUUCUUCUUUUGUUACUUCUGUUGUUUUGUACAAUAAAUACUUUUGAGAUCCA